AUGGAACAAAAGGCGAACUCUAGGUUCAUCCCAAAACCUACAGGAGUCUCUAAAUUUUUGCAUAGAUUCUGGAACAUAGCUACAUUGCCACUACGACGAAUUGGGCCCGGCCUUGUAUUCGCUGUUACUGUUUAUGUUGUUGGUUACAAUGUUGGAGUAAGGUGGUGGAAGGGCCCUGACCAUCCCGUGAAUAUGUUCACUUGGCAAAGAAUGGAAGGGGAAGGAUUGCUUUCUGAGGAAUUGCUUCAGAAAAAGAAAACAGUAAUGGAUUACUACACUUCAAGAUUUUUCGGCGAAUGGACAGAUUCUUUCUCUACUUCUGAUUCAGUGUAG